AUGGCACUUCCUUCAAGGAUAAACCUAAAUUCUCAAUACCUAUUUUGUAUGACUGCACUGUGUUUCCUGAGCUGUAUCUCACUAGAAUCUGGUGGAUAUAUUCAGAAUAUUACAGAGCCUGCGUGCCCUGAGGUAUGUUCCUGCACUUUACAAGGUCUCGUAAAUUGCUCGUACCGGAAUCUUACCAGUAUUCCAGAUAAGAACAAACUACCUGUAGAUUCUAAUGUGUACUUGCUGCAAGACAAUAACAUCAGUGCGCUAAGUAGCAAUAGCUUUAAUACAACUCCUAAUUUGACCUUUCUCGACUUCUACCAAAACAAACUGAUUUACAUCGAUGAUAAUGCUUUUGCUGGCCUUGGCCGCCUGCAGGUGUUGAAUAUUUCAUAUCAAUUCCUCGAUCACCAUAUCAUUCCUAUUCAGAAAAUUAUCAAAAACUGGUUCAAGGGGCUUACUCAGCUUACAGUCGCCAAGUUGAUGGUCAUUGGUGCUGAAGUAAUCGAAGAUGACGCUUUUUCUGAUAAUCCAAAUAUAGAAGAGAUUAAUCUGAAUUCUAAUAAUCUGGUGGACAUACCAAGUCACCUAUUUCAACAUCUUCCUAAGUUAAAGAUCAUCCAGGAUUUGACAUCCUUAGAAGAAUUUCAUGCUGAUGACAACAGUGUCACAACCUUGGAAGAUAAUGUGUUUAAAAACUGCUUAAACCUGAAAGUAAUUAAUUUAAGCUACAACUUUAUUGUUGAAAUUCCCAGCACAGUGUUCAGUGGACUACCGAAUUUGCUGAGUGUUAUUUGCUCUGACAACCGAAUCGACAACAUUGGUGAUGACUCUUUCCAAGGUUCCAGUCACAUCAUCCAGCUAAAUUUUGACGGCAAUCUCUUCAAAACUGUUUCAAAAUCAAUUGGUCUACAACACCUACCUAAUUUAAAAGAUAUCUCUUUCUACACAAAUCCGUUUCAAUGCAACUGCGAUCUAGUAUGGUUCAUUAGCUGGAUCCAGUCUCCUGACGUCAGACCAUACGUGUACAAUUUGAAUGAUGUGAACUGUAAUGGUCCACCAAACUUAUCCCUUCGUUUGCUCUUGGAUUUGGAUCCAGAUUCAUUUAGCUGUAGUUCCCAUGUGGUGAUCAUUGUUGUUUUAAUUGCAAGUGUACUGGUUAUAAUCGCAAUCAUCCUAUACUACUUUCGUUGGGACCUAAGAUAUUUACAUCAAAGAAGAAAACUUCGCAAACAAUACCAAGAGCUAAAUGAAGAUAUUGAUGAACCACCAAACAUGCAGGGCAACAUCUUUGAUGCAUUCAUUUCCUACAGCAGUAAAGACUGCAAAUGGGUCUCAAAUGUGCUCCACCCAACGCUCGAAAAUGACCCAUACAAUUUUCGGCUGUGCAUUGACUACCGUAAUUUCAUGCCAGGAAAUUCCAUUGUCGACAACAUCGCACAAGCUAUUAGAUGUAGUCGUAAAACUAUCAUGAUCCUGACCAAGAACUUUUUGAGGAGUCAGUGGUGUUACUUUGAGCUCGAGAUGGCUAGGAUACGUUUGUUGGAGAACAGCGAAAAUCUCUUUAUCAUCGUGCUUUUGGAGAGGAUUACUACAAAGGAUAUGCCGCUGAAGUUGCAACAAGUCCUAAGGAAGAAAUCUUACAUCAGAUGGCCUGAUAACGAAUCUGCUCAGCGACUGUUCUGGACCAAGCUUGAAACAGAACUACGAUCACCAAAUACUAUUAACUGA